AUGGAACCAGAAAACCGAACAGCAGUCUCAGAAUUCCUCCUCCUGGGACUCUCAGAAAAGCCAGAGCAUCAGAUCUUCCUCUUUGGGCUGUUCCUGUUCAUGUACCUGGUCACCAUCUUUGGAAACCUGCUCAUCAUCCUGGCCAUCAUCACAGACUCACACCUCCACACACCCAUGUACUUCUUCCUCUCCAACUUGUCCCUCAUUGACAUCUUCUUCUCUUCCACCACUGUCCCCAAGAUGCUGGUGAACCUCUGGACUCAGAGAAAAGCCAUCCCCUUUGCAGGCUGUCUUGCCCAGAUGUAUGCCUUCCACCUGUUUGGGACCAUGGACAGCUUUCUUCUGGCUGUGAUGGCCAUUGACCGGUUCAUGGCCAUUGUCCACCCUCUGCGCUACUUGGCCAUCAUGAGUCCCCGUGUGUGUGGGCUGCUGGUGGUGGGGUCAUGGCUGAUCACCAACCUCCAGUCCAUUGUCCACACCAGCCUCAUGGCUCAGCUGACCUUCUGCGCUGGCUCUGAAAUCCCCCACUUCUUCUGUGACCUCAUGCCCCUGCUGAAGCUCUCCUGCUCAGACACACACACCAAUGAGCUAGUGAUCUUUGUUUUCGGCAUUGUCAUGGGCAUCAGCCCUCUUGUGUGCAAAGUCUUCUCUUAUACUUGCAUUUUUCGGACGAUCUUCAGGAUCCCUUCUGCUCUGGGCAAAUGGAAAGCCUUCUCCACUUGUGGCUCACACCUCACCGUGGUGACUCUAUUCUAUGGCACCAUCUUUGCUGUGUACCUGCAGCCGGCAUCUCCCACUUCCUCCCAGAAGGACAAGGCAGCUGCCCUGAUGUAUGCUGUGAUCAUUCCCAUGCUGAACCCCUUUAUCUACAGCCUAAGGAACAAGGACAUGAAGGCAGCCCUGAGGAAGCUGGGUGGCAAAGUAGCCCCCAUCAGUCCUAGGGCAGAAUAG